GUUUUGCAGGUGUGUAGUAAACCUGUUGCUGUUGAUAUAUGCUCUGUAUCAUGUCAAGAACAUACCCUUGCCAUACACACAGUUACUCUCUUUGGAGAGCAUUGCAGAGUUAUCAGAAGUUUGUGCAGUGGGUCCAGUGCUUUUUGAAAAGCGUUGAGUGGCUUCUGCUUCACAUGUUGUAGAAUUGGUGUACGUGCACAAUAAAUCCACCAUAAAUUGAAAGCAUUUUAAUUAAUCUGCAUUCACUGAUCAACUGUACAAAAUGAAUGCUAUAGGCCUGGAGUUUCCUAUAAUUCUCAGACUUGUAACUUAUGUUGCAUGAUGUGCAUGCACUUUGUGUCUGACAAAUCGUGCUUCUUUUCUACACAGUGUAAAAGCUCUAUAUAUUACAUUUUCUUUCCUGUCUCCCUGUAUACCUGUCCAUACAUGUGUGCCUCCGUCCUUUCUUCCCUCUUAUUCUAAAAGUCAAGUUUUGGUAGUGGAGAUUGCAUUUGCUGGUUCGCACCUCUCCUGGUUUCAGUCAUGUAAGAGUUGACUUUUCUUGGGUAUAUUUGCCUGUGACUUAAUACUUCUUUUUCUUUUGUAUGAGAAUGUAGAGACUGGUAAAGUGUCUUUCUGCCACAAAUCCUCUGUGACUGGACACAUUGGUAAGGCUUUUUCUUUCUGGUGGAACUGGCCUUAAGUCAGAAGUAUUUCUGGAAUAGUUGAAUUGGAGUUAGAAGGGAGCACUCUUCCAGUCCAGUUAACAUUAUCAUUUUAUUAAACUUUUCUGUCUCAGUGGGGUAUGAGAGGAAUAAAACUGAGGCAUGAAACGUGUGUAGAAGUUCUCAAAGACAAGUAUGUGCAAGACAAUACAUAGAUGGAGAAGGGACAGGGUUGCAUGAGUGUGGGGAGCAUUUAAAAGCUCCUAAACUGUGGAACAUGUGCCACCACAAAGGCAAACAGAGUUCUCAGGCUGCUGUAGUGUUGGGCCUCAAUAGUGAGGCCCUUUGUACCAAAGUCUCAUGGAGAUCUAGGUGUCUGGGAAGAGAGAGACAUUUGGGUUCAGUAGGAAGAGUUGUUUCUAAGCUGGAGGCAGAGGAAGCAGGCACUAAGGUGUAGAAACUUGUGAAAAAGAAGGUAGUGGCAACUUUAACACUGUCAAAGACUUUUCUGCACAGGCUGCAAUUUAUCCUAUUCCUACCAUACUGUAUGUGUGCUGGAAACCACAGUAACGUUUGUUGUCUUUGGAUAUCUUCAUUGUUUUUGUUCGUAUCUGGACUAAGUGGGUAAUGGAAAUGAGCAUGAGUGCUGUUAAAGUGAGACACCUAGAUGGCUGUGCCAUCAGGUAGGAGGAUGUGUAGACUUACUGCAGUGGUUUUGCAAAUUGGUUUGCUAUGGUAACAAUUAGCAACAGUAUGUUAUUAUAUUUUGCCCUGAAAUGUCUUUUACGGAAGUCUUGAAAGACAGUAAAUGUAGUCUGACAGAAGCAAUAUUGGUGUUAACCAGCCUCAAAUGUUGCUUAAAUUGUUUGCCAGCUAGUGAUAACGUUAAGACCUGGCUAUUGGCAGCUUUGGAAAGUAACCACUUUAAAUGUGAUAAUCACUUCAAUUUUAGUGUGACUAACGUGGUCAUAUGUUUCAGCAGUCAUGUAUUUCUGUGUAUCAUUAUUACUAGCUCAUGUGCAAUCACUAGGGUGCAAAUACAACUUUCUCCUAUUUCUGGACAGAAAGGAAUCUAAGCUCCCAUUAGUUUAGUUGACCAUGAAUUAUUGUGAGUUUUUCCGGACCCAUCACAUUUGACUCUUAUUCCCAGUAGUUAUCAAAUGCAUCACGAAUCUUUUUAUCAUGUGUACUUGUUUGCUCUGUAAAGUACAAAAUCAGGAGGAGGAAUACACAGUUAUUCAUGGAGCAUGGGAGGGGAUGACCGCCGGGUCUUACUUUGGCAUAUGGAAGAAGCCAUCCACUCAAGAGUCAAACCAGUUCAGCUGAAAGGGGAGCAUCACUCUAAUAUCUUCUGCCUAGCUUUCAACAGUGGCAAUACGAAAGUGUUCUCUGGAGGCAAUGAUGAGCAAGUUAUACUCCAUGAUGUUGAAAGCACUGAGACCUUGGAUGUAUUUGCCCAUGAAGAUGCAGUGUACGGCCUUUCAGUGAGCCCAGUAAAUGACAACAUCUUUGCCAGUUCAUCAGAUGAUGGCCGGGUUCUUAUUUGGGACAUCCGAGAGUCUUCCCAUGGAGAGCCCUUCUGCUUGGCACACUACCCAUCAGCCUUUCACAGUGUGAUGUUUAAUCCAGUAGAACCCAGAUUACUGGCUACUGCCAACUCUAAGGAAGGUGUGGGACUCUGGGAUAUUCGUAAACCUCAGAGUUCGCUGCUCCGCUAUGGUGGAAACCUCUCCCUUCAGAGUGCCAUGAGUGUUCGGUUCAACAGCAAUGGAACCCAGCUGCUGGCACUGCGUCGGCGCCUUCCCCCGGUCCUCUAUGACAUCCACUGCCGGCUGCCUGUCUUCCAGUUUGACAACCAAGGGUACUUCAACUCAUGUACUAUGAAGAGCUGCUGUUUUGCAGGUGAUCGUGAUCAGUACAUCCUUUCAGGCUCUGAUGACUUCAAUUUGUAUAUGUGGAGGAUUCCUCCAGAUCCAGAAGCAGGUGGCAUUGGCAGGGUCGUCAAUGGUGCUUUUAUGGUAUUGAAAGGUCAUCGGUCAAUUGUAAACCAAGUCCGGUUUAAUCCUCACACUUACAUGAUCUGUUCUUCUGGAGUUGAAAAGAUUAUAAAGAUCUGGAGUCCUUACAAGCAGCCUGACUGCACAGGGGAUCUGGAUGGUAGAAUUGAGGAUGAUUCACGUUGCCUCUACACUCAUGAAGAGUACAUCAGUCUUGUGUUGAACAGUGGUAGUGGUUUGUCCCAUGAUUAUGCCAACCAGUCAGUCCAGGAAGAUCCACGGAUGAUGGCCUUUUUUGACUCCCUGGUGCGCCGGGAGAUCGAGGGCUGGAGUUCUGACUCGGACAGCGACCUCAGUGAGAGCACAAUCCUGCAGCUCCAUGCAGGAGUAAGUGAGCGCUCCGCUUACAGCGAGUCAGAGUCCUCUUCCUCUUUGCAUCACUCCCCACCACAUGUGGCUGAAGAGUCCGAUGAAACUGCCUAUAACUUAAGGGCCUUAAGAUCAACUGAAUCCCCCUCAGCCAGAGAAGACAUGGCUUCCCGUCAACAGCGGCUCUCUGCACUGAGGAAGUAUCAGGAUAAACGUCUCCUGGCCCUUUCCAAUGAGUCUGAUUCUGAUGAGAAUACCUGUGAGGCAGAACUAGAUACAGACCUUUUCCCACGGCCACGGUCCCCAAGUCCUGAGGAGAACGAAUCCAGCAGUUCCAGCAGCAGCAGUACAGAAGAUGAAGAGGAACUGAAUGAACGACGCACAUCUAUGAGGCAACGCAACGCACUGAGGCGCCGACAGAAGGUGCAAAAGGAGGAAAGGACUAGCACUAACACGGAGAAUGUGGCCCCUUACAUAGGUGAGGACAUCUAUGAUUACCCCCAGAUCAAAGUAGAUGAUCUUUCUUCUUCUCCGGCUUCUUCACCAGAAAGGAGUUCAGCCAACAAAGAAGUUCUCAAAGAAAGGACGUCUCCUUGUUCAGACAGUGAAUCAGUGGAGAGAAAGAUUUACAAAGCUUACAAAUGGCUUCAUUAUUCUUACAUAUCAUAUUCAGCUACUAAAGAUGGUGAAUCCUCCAGAGGAGGUGGAGAGAAUGACGAAGGGAAACCAGGAACUAGUGGAAGGCACAGUACAGCACACUUGCUAAAUAAGGAGGAUGCUAGCAACUUGACUUCAGUAGUUCCUCAAGGUUCCCCAGCUCUUCCUACUGAAAGCCACAACAAAGAAACUUUAAAAGAAUGUGGCUUGAUAGAAAAUUCUAGUAAUGGUCAAGCUCAUGAAUGUGACAAUCAGCGGCGGAUGGAGGGUCAAGAAAACACAUCUGAAGACACUAGCAGUGGAGGUAUAGAGCAUUCUUUUGAGACUAAAAAGCUCAAUGGAAAACCUAACUGCAAAGGGCUAAAUAGUUGUACUGAAGAACCUUGCAUUCAGACUGCAGGACUUAUGGAACAGAGAAAUAGUCAGAACUGUCAACCAGCAUCAAGCCAUCACUCACUGGUCCCUCCAUUCUCCACUGUUGCCAUCUGUAGCAUGUCAGGUCACUGUUCCAGAAACCAGACUGAUGACAGUGAGGAGAGGAGCCUCGACACCUCCUGUGUUAACCACAAUAACGGCCACUUGCAUCUUCGCCCUUCAUGCUUCAACAAUGGACAGAGCUUUGAAGAGCAGGAGACUGUGAUGCAAGGACUACAGGUGCACUCAAAUGCUGAUAAUGGCAACCUUGUACAGAUGGGUGUGACCUUGCACAAAGACUGCUGCCUGUCUGAAAUGGACUCCAACAGCUACAACGUGAGCACAAGAGAGGAUACUGCUGACUUGCAACCUACAGGCAGUGAGAGCACUCAAUCUCUCGGAGGACUGAAAAGACACAGAGCGGAGUUGGAAGAUGCAGAUUCAGAGAGUUCAUCCUUAGAAAAGAAGUUAAAAACAUGAUAAAUGCAAAUGUCUGUCAUAGUGUGCACUCUCUCAAAAAAAAAAAAGGAAAAGAGAAAGUAUUAAAGGCACAUAGAGCUUGGGUCUGAAACAUUGCGUUUGAUUCUCCAUUCCAUUCUUCAGUGGGUCUGUUUUAGAUUGCCAGUGGUUCAUGCUGUAUAAAAAUCCAACUUACUCCUUAAUGAGACUGAGUCUAGUGUACCAAUACAAGGUUCUGUUUAAAGUAAAUCCUUAUUAAGACGGUUGACUGAA